AUUAUGGGAUUUUGUUCUAUUCUGGUCGCCACUGAGCUUUGAGACGAAAUGAAGCUACAGUCAAAAUAUAGGCUUGUACUGCACACUCGCCUCCCGUAGGAUAUGCGCGAUAAUAAGGUGCUGUCCUCAUCUACCACAUUAUUGGCAAAUGAAAGAAUAAUAUCUGAGCUGCACUUGGUGUCGUCAUCCACUCUGACAGCCACACCAUGUCGACUUCCGGGACGUUCGUGCUGGACAACGGAGCGUCGCUGAUCAAGGCGGGGCUGGCGUCGCGCAAGGAGCCGCUGGUCAUGCCAAACGCCAUCAUGAAGGCGAAGAGCGAGCGACGCAGGCCUUUCAUCGGUAACCAGAUCGACGAGUGCCGCGACGCCUCCAGCCUCUUCUACAUCCUGGCCUUUCAGAAGGGCUACCUGGUCAACUGGGACGUGCAGAAGACGGUGUGGGACUACCUGGUGGGCAAGGAGUGCCUGAACGUCAACCCCAGCCGCCUGAACGUGAUCGUCACCGAGCCGUUCUUCAACUUCCGCUCAGUGCAGGAGGCUGUGAGCGAGAUGUUCUUCGAGGAGUACGAGGUGGCGGGUCUGCUGCGCACGAACGCCGGUGACCUGUGUGUGGGCGCAGAGCAGCAGCGGCACCCAGAGCAGCUCUGCUGCCUGCUGGUCGACUCUGGCUACAGCUUCACGCACGUCGUGCCCUACAUCCAGGGCAAGAAGCGGCGCGAGGCCAUCCGACGCAUCGACGUCGGCGGCAAGGUGUUGACCAACCACCUCAAGGAAAUCAUCUCCUACCGCCAGCUGCACGUCAUGGACGAGACGUACGUGGUGAACCAGCUGAAGGAGGAUUGCUGCUUCGUCAGCCAGAAUUGGGCGCGCGACAUGCGGCUGGCAGCGCUUCCGGCCGCCGACAACCCGAUCCUGCGCCACUACGUGCUGCCCGACUUCACCAGCCUGCGACGCGGCUACAUGCGUCCGCGCGACCGGCCGCCGGACGACGCCGAGCAGCUGGUGCGGCUCACAAACGAGCGCUUCUCGGUGCCCGAACUGCUCUUCCACCCGUCGGACGUCGGUAUCCGCCAGAUGGGCAUACCGGAGGCCAUCGUGGACGCCAUCUCGGCAUGCCCCGAGGAGACGCGGCCGCACCUCUACCGCAACAUCAUGCUGGUGGGCGGCAGCACGUGCUUCCCCGGCUUCAAGGACCGACUGUACGCCGAGGUGCGCUCGAUGGCGCCGGACGACGUCCAGGUGCGCGUCAGCCAGCCGGACGAGCCGGUGACGAGCGCGUGGCGCGCGGGCGCGCGGCUGGCGGCCGACCCGCGCCUGCAGGGCCGCCUCGUCACGCGCGCCCAGUGGCAGGAGCACGGCUUCAACAUCUGCCUGGAGACAUUCGACGUGUGAGACGGGCGCCACGCGCCAGACUGGGAGAGGGACGGGGUCAACACGCGCGGCGGAGACCGUUUCAGUGUGAGUGGGUGAUGUUGGAUCGAGCGGCCCCGGGGCUGCCGGAGCUGUCCGCUGAGGCCUUCGUCGUGUGGUUUGUGUUCGCCCGCUGUGUGCGUCGCUGUGUGGUGCUCAAGCUGUGCCGUUGCUCCCAAUGUCAUCGUAAUUAAUCGCUCAUCUGAAAUAUGCUGUCGCCGUGGAUGUCAACUUUCUAGUGUCGCAUAUAUUUUUUGAAUGUU